AUGGAUGAUGUGGAGAAAGAGUUGGAUCCAUUGCCGAGUGAGGGAUUUAUGAAGUUAACGCAAGAUGAGACUAGAGUUUUGUGUGCACCUUUUACCGAAGAGGAAUUCGUGAAAGCAGUACGGUCUAUGAAUCGCUUUAAAGCACCAGGACCAGAUGGGUAUCAACCUGUGUUUAAUCAGAAGUAUUGGGAGGAGGUUGGUGAAUCUCUAAAGCGGGAGAAUGAAGACGGUGAUGACAAAGUUGAUUGGACCAGCGCAGUUGAGUUUCAUACCAAAGUGACUUAG